GCUUCCACUUUUGUCCGAUACAUGAUAUCGUUCAUCCAAAUAGCAAACAGUAAACAGUAGUUGGUGGCUAGACACAUCAACAUGGCUGGGCUUUUAAUUAUUCUCCGGCAUAGACAUGCUGUCUUGGGUACAGACAUGCGCUGAGAAAAGUAUCAAAACGCACAUACGGUGAAGUGAAAGACAGGAAUCGAAGGCAGCUGCCGGCAAACAACCAAGCCAAAUAAAGCGUCCUAUGCCGGCUAGGAAUUUAUUUCAAUAGUGGCACGAAACCUUUACUUUCGUUUUCCUCUGCCUCUCUUUAUACAUCAACACCCACAACCUGCCAGUGUGCGCACUAAGGUACACUUGCCGUACAGACGCGUUGGCUGCGGUUGCUCUUCGUUGUCGCCACCAACAUCUUUGUGCACGACAGACAUAGGUUGUAUAACCAUAUAUGUUCUUAGACAGCAAUAUCGAUGAUCUCACCUCUGUAUUGAAAGCUCCAUUUAAGACACACACACACACCCAUUCACUUGUGCCACCAAAACGAUUUCGCACCCCUCUUGGGACUUUUGGAUUAGAUUCUCUCUCUCUUGUUAAGAAGAUCCCAGGAUGUCAGGUUCGCGGUCGUACCUGGAUAUCAUGGCGUCGAGACCGCCGUCAACGGCAGUGCGCAGACCGCUCCCCCACACCUCCCCUUCACGGACGCUGUUCAGCAACGUGAGGCACGAUACGACGGCGUCCUCUUCAGCCAUCGCAGACUCCCCGCGUCGCCUUCUUUCUUAUUACCUAUCCAAAGCGGCAUACAACACGGAUGAAAGCGGUGCUGCGCCGACACCGCAAAAGGAGACGCCCAACAUGCAAGCGAGCAACACGCAAAACAAGGGUAGUGUCCUCGCGCCGCAUGACAACGGAAAUGCUGCAGACACCGACAGCAGCACGUCCGUCCCGUCCUCGGCCGCUAAACUUCUUCGACCGCCUCCUUUCUCGCGAAGCGCCUUGUCAAGCGAGCAGCGCUACCCUUCUGCAUCUGUGCGUGCUACGCAAACACCAUCUCCGGCACAGCGACCCUCCUUUAACUUCAGUGGUAGUGCUGAUGCUCCAGUCGCAAAAGCAAGCUCGACCGCAGCGGCUGUGCCAGUGCGCAACCCUUUCCGUAGUUCUUCACUCAGGCCGGCAGUGGAGGCAGGAACAGCUCCUCCGCCACAGGAGGACACGGAGGAAGAAGAACAACCCAUUUCGCAGCCAGCAUCACCUCUCCAACUUUCCGCCCGCCCUCCACCACAAGGCGCUACCCCUAGAGGUGUUUCGAGUAGCAUGACGUACGACGAGGAGCAACAGCGCCAGUUUGAAGCAGACGUUAUGAGUCAGGUGGAAGCGCUAUUGCAAGCGCAGCGUAGUGAGAGCUACACCGAAUUAGAGACCUACCGCGUGACGGCUGAGGAAGCGCAGACAACCCUCCGUGCGGUGGAGAGCGCGCUGGGGGAGCAGCUUGGGCCUGCGACGGCGGCUCGCUUCUCUGCCCCGCCCUCCCAUUCGCCACCUCUUCUUCCGCAUGCGACGGCGCAACGCCAACUGCCGCCGCUAGACGUGGACACACUUGCACUGGAAAUGUCUCGCGCCGCCGCUGCCGCGACCCCUUCCGCCACGCAGCGGCUCCUCAGCGCGAUCAUGAACAUCCAGGAUGGCCAGGAUGUCCCAUCAGCGCUCCAUGAGGUGGUACGGGAGCUCUAUGAUGAGCUGACGCGUGUACUCGUGCCGCCUGUCAUGAACUUCAUGCAAACGCACCAGCGGGGACAGGAAUCGCAUCGACAGCAGCAGCACCAUUCUCUGCAAAAUUCUUGUCGGCUAGUCGGCGAAACGCCAGUCCAAGAUGAGCGUCUCCUGCAAGCACAAUCGGAGAUCUCUGCCCUUCACGAGGAGGUGGCGGCACUGCGCCGUACACUCGAGAGUCGAAGCGUACGCAGGUGCGUUGUCCGGUCUUCUACAGACUCAGCGAAUCAGGAAGUGGCUGCACUCCAUUCGAGUGAGACAAUGCACCACGCGCUGUUGGACCGUUUUUUUACGGAGUGCCACGCAAUGCUCACCCGUAGUCGUCAAGAGAGCUUCGCGUUGCGGCGCGCUCUGGAGAAGGAGCGACGAGAACACUUCGUGACGCGCAUCCGUUUACUAAAGCCGGCGCCGCCGUCACUGCCGGUGCAGAUGAAUGCCGCCCCCUCACGUGCGCCGGUCGCAGCGAGAAGGGAGGAAAGCGUCUCCUCGCCAAUCGUCCGCAGCAGUACUGCGUCGCAAGACGGACUUGCUGCUUCAGCGGACAGACCUUCGGAAGGCGGUGCCCUCGACUCUUCUCCUGCCCCCUCUUGUUUCACUCCAAAGGAAGAGUAUGCAAAAGCGGCGCCACAUUCCUGGACACCGGCGCAGGCUACCGUACGACUUGCGUCGAAUACGGAAAAGAGGGUGGAGGGAGAUGAAGGAGGCGCCUCCGCCGAUUAUGGGGAUCUGGACAGUGAUUACGACUUCAAGGAUGGAGACGCAAGCGCGCAUUUCGUCUCUUCCGCGAGUGGGUUUGAACAAGUCCAACGUGCUCUUCCUCUGCGCGCUGCGAUGCGAGUCGCGGAGGAGGUACUGCGCACCACCAGCACCAGCGGUGAGGUGAAUGCGAUGACGGGACAUCCGUACUACGCGCACAUGAACAUCGCUCACAGCAGGCGAAAUCCUCUUAUUGACUCUCCGGCAACGAUGAAGAACGCGAACGAGGACGUGGCUGCGCCGAGGCGUGGAGGACCACAUCGGGUUGGUGGCCCUUCUGUACGCUUUUCUGAGCCAUCGUUGGACGACUCGUAUCGUAGCUCGAAACCCGCGUUGCCGGGCCGAGGGAGCAAUUCAGCAGCCAGUGACCCGCUUUCAGACAGAGAAAGCAACACCGCCACUUCCGUUAACGCCGCGGGUGUGCUGUCAAGCAGCGAGCACGAGAAGCGUGUUCUGAGCAAGGCCGUGGAGCUCCUUCGCCGCUACUCAGUGGCGUAG